AUGGAACCACGUCCGGUUCAACCUAAGUACUUCACUAACCAGGAAGUAUUUGGCAAACCAACAAAUGUGUUUUCACCGAAAAAUUCUCACAAACCCCAAGGUAAAGCAGAACCUAUGUCAACCACAAGUAGAUUACCCUCUACAAGAAAUUUUAACAAUCAGGCACCACGAAAUGAUUUCCAACGAACUGGACCUCCAAACUUCACAUUCCAGGAAUUAACCAAUGUGGAAACUGACCAACCCGAUGACAAUCCUGUUGUAGAAUACAACGAAUCCAACGAAUAUGAAGAAAACAAUUACUAUUCCGAAAACACAGAGCCUGAAUCCCAAGAAAAUUUAUCUACUUGAAAUGUCACUUGCGAUGUUAUGCAUGACUUAUGCGAAGGAGUUCACCGAUAUAGUAUGGCCGUUUUAAUCGAUAAUUUAAUUAGAAAGAAAUAUUUCACAUUGGAUAACCUAAAUGCUAGAAUAAGAUAUUUUACAUAUCAAAUUUCUGAAAAAAAUGUUCCUCCUCCCGUAACAAAACAACAUUUAUUAAACGGAUGUAUUAUUUUCUCGGCAUCAGAAAUGUUUGAUUUAAUUCCGGAUAAUGAAGCUUUAUGGAUAUAUUAUUUAAGCUUAUUGGAAAUUAUACAAAUUUUAACUAGUCAAUCAAUAACUACUUCAAUUUUACAGCAUCUAGAAACUCUCAUUGAUGAACACCAUCAGACGUUUCUCGCUCUUUUUAACACUUCUUUGAAACCCAAAUUUCAUCUUUUGGUACAUUAUGUUCACAUAAUAGAAAAAAUUGGUCCUCCUAUUUUCAUUAGCAGUUUCAAAGAAUCGGUAGUGAAGCCAGAGACGCUUCUAAAUGGAUUUAAAGCAUGUGGAUUAUUUCCCUUCAAUCCCAAUGCAAUAGAUUGUUCAAAGUGUUUGGGGAAGGUUAAUAAACCUGUGCCAGAUGAGACGCAUGCCCAUCCCGAUACAAUGGAUAAUAAAACUUUUACCAACUUCAUAGGGAAUGAGCUUAUAAGAAAAUUCAAAUCAUUUGAUGCAAUAUUAGUUAAAGAAGGAUUGAACAAUGAAUUCCUUAUACUUCAUCAAAUGUGGAAUUAUUUCGGAAAGCCUGAUAGGGAAGACAAUGCCAUAGAGACAGUUAACAUGGAAGUUAUGGAGUAUGAAAACGAAGAACAUUCCAGUGAAUUGGAAGAGGCCAGUACUAGAUCAGAAGCGUUAGUUGAAUUAAACGAGCCCAGUCCAUCAAAAAAUAUACAAAGUGAUGCCAAACUUUCCAAAAUCACUGGGGAUUGUGAAACUUCAGAUCCCUUUAGUAUAUUUAUUCAUACUCCAGGAGGCAGACCAGAACCAAAAACUAGGCCUUUACAUGUGAAUUCAACUGAUAUUGCAAGUAAUAAUUUUGGAAAUAUAAAAUUGCCUCAAACUUUGAAGACACCUUCAAUAGAUAAUAAUAUUACUGAUGCAGCUACUUCAUUAUUACCAUCAACAAGUAAAAGAUGUAUCAGUGAUUUCCUUACGAUGCCAGACAAACCCCAGCGAAAGAACAAGCGCGAUGUAGAGCGCGUUUCGUUUGCCAUAACUUCUAGAUCUUACCAAGAAAAUUUUGAAGCCAAACGCGCGCUUAAAUUAAAAGAAGAGAAUGAGAAAUUGGAGAGGAAACGAUUAAGGGAAGAAAAGGCUGCAGCCAAAGCAAAUUUGGAAACUAAAAGAGUUCUUAAGUCAGCUGAUGGUAUAACUAAUGGCAAUUGUUUUGUAUGCACAAAACAACUAUUUAAAAAUAGCCACUACUUUAAAUGUGAUAGUUGCAAAAAAUAUAUCCAUCGUCACUGCGUUCCCAAGAAACACAAAAACCACGUUCCCGACUUAGAAGAUGAUGAUCUGUUCAUGUGUCAUCUUUGUUACAAGGAGGAAAGCGAUGAUGGAGCCGAUAGUGAAGAUUUUGAUGAGAAUGAAGAGGAAGAUAGCUUGGAAAUAGAUCAAAACAAAAACGACAAUGAUUUAAAUGAUACAAAUUCAGACGAAAAGAAGAAAACUGAUGAAAAUAAGGAGGAGAUGAAUUAUUCUCUUUGUAUAAAGAUGAAUGUGCCAAAUAUUAUUAGAUAG